GGCAACAUCACCCUAAAAGUGAAUGAAGCUUUUGGUUCUUUAACUAUUGAGUGAUUAUUAUUGGUCUUCUUAAAGCAAAACAAUCACUACCCUUUCCCUCCUCUUCACUCCACACACCCACCUCCCUCUCUUUAAUUCUUCUAUUGUUUCAUAUCUCCAACAAUGCCCCAUUCUUAAAACGCUCACAAAACCCUAGAAAAAAGAAUCCCAUUUUAAUUCUUCUUCCCUCUUUCUUCCAUUAAUACUUUCUAUCGUGAUUUGAGUGACCCAUUUUAGUUAAAACACACACCUUCCAUACCCACAUUUUCUUUUGCUUUUUUCCCUUUUCAUUUCUUCUCAAUUCCCCUAUUUGGAAGGUAAAAUCAACACUAAAAUGAAGAUUUUCUCUUUCAAACACAGAUCCAAAUUCCAAACCCAUUUUCCACUAUAUACAUGGGAAUGUAAGACCAUAUAAAAAAAAUCCAACAAAGAAAAUAGAAUAAAAAUCCUAUCUUGAAUUUUUUUUGGUUCUAAAUUUUAGUAAUUUUGGAAUUCAGCAUUGUAGUGACUAAAAAUGAGAAAGCAUGGAUGGCAACUUCCUUACCACCCACUUCAAGUGGUAGCUGUAUCUGUGUUUUUAGCACUGGGUUUUGCAUUUUAUGUUUUCUUUGCACCAUUUGUUGGGAAGAAGCUUUACCAGUAUAUUAUAAUGGCGGUUUAUACUCCUCUUAUAAUAAGUGUAUUCGGACUAUACAUCUGGUGUGCAGCAUCUGAUCCCGCAGACUCGGGAGUUUUCAAGUCUAAGAAAUACCUUAAAUCUUCAUGUAAAGGACAUAAAGAAGCAAAUGACUCAAAGCUAACCGGGGGAUCUACUUCAUCUAUGCCCUUUGUAAAUGCCGGCGAAAAUGGGGAUAAAACUCUGGAUGGGGAUGUUAAGAGCACAGAAGCUAACUCGGAAGAAUUGGGUGUUGAGCAUGAAGAACCAGUUAAAUCAUCAAUUUGUUCCUGUGUUUUUGGAGUAUUAUUCUUCCCUUGUAUUUUCCUGUACAAGUGCAUGAAUUCAUCAGACGAAUCUUCUGAACGGCACACAAGUGAAGAUGGAAUGUUCUAUUGUAGUUUAUGUGAAGUUGAGGUUUUCAGGUACAGCAAGCAUUGUAGAGUUUGUGAUAAAUGUGUUGACCGUUUUGAUCACCACUGUCGGUGGCUGAAUAACUGUAUUGGAAAAAGGAACUACCGGAAGUUUUUCACCCUCAUGGUUGUGGCUCUUCUAUUGCUAGUUCUUCAAUGGUCAACUGGGAUCCUUGUCUUGAUCUGCUCUUUUCUUGAGAAGAAGAGGUUUCAUGCUGAGAUUGUUACAAAACUGGGAAGCAGUUUCUCUAUGGCGCCGUUUAUUAUUGUAGUGGCUAUGUGCACCAUCUUGGCUAUGAUAGCGACUCUGCCGCUGGUUCAGCUUUUCUUCUUUCACAUACUCCUAAUUAAGAAGGGGCUUACCACAUAUGACUACAUUAUAGCUCUAAGAGAGCAGGAGCAACAAGUUGGAGGUGGACAUAGUCCUCAAAUGUCUCAAGUUAGCUCACUAACUGGAUUGAGCAGUACCAGUUCUUUCAACAAUUUUCGACGCGGUGCAUGGUGUACCCCUCCACGGUUGUUUCUUGAGGACCAGUUUGAUGUAGUUCCUCCAGACACUGGGUCGGUAAGUUCCUAUGGUAAAAAAGCUAAUGUGGAGGAACCCAUCAAGAAAAAGAAUCCUGCUGUAAAGAUCAGCCCGUGGACAUUAGCACGUCUAAAUGCCGAAGAGGUUUCAAAGGCUGCUUCAGAGGCAAGGAAGAAGUCUAAGAUCAUGCAGCCUGUGAUAAGACGCGAGGGCCCACUAAACCUUGAACGAGACAAUAGUUUUGGCAGUGGUCGCCGGAUGGUUUCUAGACUCGACCAUAAUAGAAGGCGAAACAGUAAACGGAUCCGAUUACCCUCAGACUUGCCCCUCGAGCAACUGGUGAAUGUUUCCUCGAAAAACACCACGGCAUCUUCCAGCAAUUUGGGUCCUCUCCAACUAGAAGCAAGGAGCGCCUUCCGGACUAGUCUGGCUAUGUCAAGUGGGGCCAACAUUGUUAGCUCUUCUCCCGACAGCAGCUUAGCCUCUCCUGAUGUGCAUCCGUUCCGUGUAUCCUCUUCUGGUGUGGAAGAAUCUAGAAGGAUUGCUAGUUUGUUGGUGGGUAGCCAUGCUGCACCACCUGGAAUCCCAUUGUCAAGGUCAACCAGUGAUGGGUAUGAACCUUCUGGUGGAGAAGACAGUGACCAGGUUCCUUCGCAACCUGCGGAAAGGACAGUGAACUGGAGUAGUUUACUAUUCAGAUCAAAUCCGGAAGGAGGAAUGCUCAAUCUUAAUGGAUCAUCAGGAUUUAAUGAGGGCAACCUUCGAAAAUUCUGAAAGGAUCAAAUUCAUGAAUAUGACGAUUUUUUUAGGCUUUUGGGGGGUGAAUAUCUUUGAGAUUUAUGGGUCAAAUGCUGUUUGAAAACUCGCGGAUGUUGUGAAUAUUUGCAAAGUCAGGUUGAUUACUCGACGUGGUAGAGAAUAUUUGCAACGACAUGCAAGGUUGCCGGUGUAGAAUUUUGCUAUGAAUGGUUAAGCAAGUUUUUUUAUCUUUGUAAUUCUUGUUUGCAGGAAGAACAUUUCAGAUAUGUGUAGUAUCUGUAUUCUGCACCCUUAAAACUGUCAAGAUUACUUGAUUUCUUUUAUUGUAAGAUUUUUCAAUCAUAUUCAGACCCACAUUUUCUUCA